CAAAAGCGAUGUUCUCGGUUUUUUUAAAAAUCCUAUAACGUAUUUGAGGUACGUGACAAAAUUCUUGAUUGAUUAUUUGAAUCAGACAAUACAAAUACAAGUACUCGUUGUUAAAUGCAUUUAGUUAAGAACUGGACGCAAGGUCGCGAGUUUGAAAAAUCAAAAUGAUAGCGAAUUGGAAAUUUUGUGUUUUGUGUUUGUUGUGGUGUGUGAUCAGUUUUAGUGUUGCGGAGGAACAAAAUGAUGAGCAGAAAGGAACUGGGGUCACCCUUGGAAGACAACUCGUCGAAGAAGCACGCACCAUGGUUCACCACGCAGUCAAGCGGUUCAUGAUAAUAUUGCCGGCGAUAUUCUUCAAAUUGGGAGCCGCUUUCACCUUACUGAUUUUGGUGACAAUAGCUGUCGUUACUAACGGAUUCAUCGGAUUCCUGUUGCUUGUCGUCGGACUGAGCAGCGUUUUGGCACGCUUGCAGCAUGCUGAGAAGCCCCAUGUGGUACCGGUACCGUAUUCAACCGGACACAUUGGACAUAUUGGACAUCACGCUCAUUACUCCGCGCCCUCGUACUACGAACCAGCUUGGAAGAGGAGUGAUAACGACGUCGUAACACCCACAGCCAGCACAGCUGAUGUUUACGGAAAGCAGAGUUUGCAGUACUCCUAUUACGUACCAACAAACAAAUAAUUUCGUUUUGGUUUUCGGUGGUUUCUUUAAAUAGUUUCUAUUUUAUCGUGGUAAAAUAGAAAUAUUGUUUAUUUGCGACUUUGUAGUAACAAAAGACUGUUUUUUAAUUUUGACAGUGUGGGACACUCUUUGAAUUUAGAGGUCUGAAUUAAUAACAAAAUAGUUGACUUUAAUUUCAAUUAUUUUAGGAGUUAUUUUAAGUUGGAAUUCUUUAUCCAUUAUGUAUAA